GUCUCAACACGCCAGCAGGCUUCGGGGAAGGAUGGAGGCGACCGAAGUGCUGCAUCAGAACCCCCGCACCCACCAAACUUGGAAUUUAGUCCACUUCUUCCGCGCGGGUUCAUCGCAAUUGAGAACCUCUCUUUCCUCGAUGUAAACGUUCUCUGGGUGGAGACCUGUAAUCUGUCAAAACCCAUCCACGACGCCACCAUGGCCGACACCGCUUCGAAAACCGGCGACUCCAGUCCGCGCCGGGGCACCGCAUCCCCGAAAUCGCCGCCCGGGCCAUCGGGCGGGUCAAACCCGGCGAGCCCUCCCGCGUCGGCUCUGGGGCCGGUCGCCGGGACUGGACAUCUGGAGGUUGAUCCGGACUUUGUUGCUGAUGACGAUGGUGAUGACGGCGACUCUGCCAUGGGCUCGCGCGGGGGCCUUAGCGACACAACAUCGGUCAUGUCCAGCAUCUUCAAGUUCCGAGAGGAGAAUGGCCGUACAUAUCACGCAUACCGAGCAGAAGAGGCCGCGUACUUUAUGCCGAACGAUGAGCCAGAGAAUGAACGGCUAGACCUUCAACAUCACAUGUGCGUACGCAUGCAGGACAACCGACUGUACGUCUGCCCGGCUGGGAAUGGAAAACCCUUGAGCCGGGUCCUUGACCUCGGUACCGGGACGGGCAUCUGGGCCGUAGAUUUCGCCGACGAGCACCCCGAAACCUCCGUUGCCGGCAUCGAUCUGAGCCCUAUCCAGCCGGAUUGUGUCCCACCAAAUGCCGAGUUCUUCAUCGACGACCUGGAAAGUGACUGGAACUAUCACACCAAAUUCGACUUCAUCUAUGGGCGUAUGCUCACAGGCUCCAUCAAAGACUGGCCCAGGUUGAUGGCCCAAGCCUUUGACAACCUCAACCCUGGAGGCUACAUCGAACUAUGCGACUCGAUCAAUCCUCUCCAGAGUGAUGAUGGGACCCUGAAGGAGGAUUCUGCGCUACUGAAGUGGAAUCAACUCCUAGUCCAGGCAUCUGAUAAGCUCGGCCGCAGCUUGGAAUCCGCGAAGCACUAUGAAAGGCAACUAAGAGAAGCUGGAUUUGAGGACGUUACCGAGAUUGAGUUCAAGUGGCCGUUGAACCCCUGGCCGAGAGACGCCAGAUAUAAAGAGCUCGGUGAAUGGAACUAUUUCAACGUGCUUUCCGGCAUCCAGGCUGUUAGCCUCAUGUUGUUCACCAAUGUCCUGGGCUGGCCUGUCAUCGAAAUCGAGGUGCUCUUGAGUCAAGUUCGAAAAGAGGCAAAGAAUCGGGACAUACAUGCGUACUGGCCGGUGCGUGUGGUUUACGGGAAGAAGCCUGAGUAGUAGGCCGGACGACACAUGGAAGGCGGUCCUCUUUGGGCUCUCGCGCAUCAAUGUUUACAUCUCGAACGACUAGAACAAGGUCAUUGCUACCCCUUAUUUUCUCGGUGAUUUUAUAUCUAAAGAUAGAUUUAUGUUCUCCUUUUUGAAUAU